AUGGCUGCAGCUUCGGCGUCAUUCGCGUCUACGAAAGAGACUACCAACUAUGCAAGGCUAUGCCGCCUCCUGGUGGAUGUUGGAUCUCAGGUGCUCCGGUCGACAUUUGACAAAAUUCAUCCACCAGCGACUCUACAUACAGUUUUGGGAAGUACCUCGUUGCAUUACGUCACAUUGCAAUCACUGUACAGAGGGAGGAAGAAAGUGCUGAAUCCCACGCAAUGGGGGAAGUUGUAUCCUACUCACUCGCCCGUUUCCUCUGCAGCCUUCGAUAUUACACUUCUAACAGUGCUGCUUAGAAAUAUCUGUGGUUUGGUCCCUCCUGCCACUGGCUGGGAUCGUCUCCCCCCAGCUGCAAACAUAAGCAUCGCAGAUGACAUCGCCAGAGUGAAGUAUUACAGGAACACUGUAUACGGGCAUGCUCCUCAAGCCUCUGUGGAUGACGGUAGUUUCAGUGCUUGCUGGCAGGAGAUACGAGAAGCUUUAGUGAGACUGGGAGGAGCUCAUUUUAGAGCUGAAAUCGACAAUCUUGAACACGACUGCAUGGAUCCAGAUAUCGAGGAGCAUUAUCGUGAACUGAUGAAACAAUGGAAGAAAGACGACGACAGCAUCAAAGACAAGCUGGGGGAAAUUGAAGGUAAGAAAAACAUUGUCCAAUACUGAUGUGGAUGAAUCAGAAGGCUAAAACAAUAUGGAUUUUUUCUGUUAACACGGCAGUGUAGGCUAGCAUAUGAUGUUUCCAUUUUGGAUGGAAGUAGUCACUUAUUCUAGCGUUACGUGUGAGAAAUGAAGAAUUAACCCAAAUUUUGACACUGUUUUCAUUGGCUGUAUCUUUGUCUGUUCAUGGGUACUCGUGCACAACUGCUGGAGCGAAUUUUUGUGAUUUCUAAGCGUCUUAUUGAGAUUGAUCAAUUCGGAAUCGACCAAAUAUUGAUAUACGUAUCAUUGUUUAAUCUUCACCUAAGCCCUGUGAUGUAAAUAUGCUUAUAAAAUUGCGCUUAUCUUUCUUAAAUUUUCAGAUUCGCUAGAGAUGAUGAGACACGACCUCAGAGAGAAGAUAGAGAGUGAAAUGAAGGAGGUUAAAGAGACGCUUUGUAGCCUGACGACCACAGUGGGAAAAAGCACAGAUGAAGGUUGGUUUCUAGAAAAAGCUACUCACAGAUAAAGUAAACUAACAAAAAGGAUUCCGUUAACUUGAGUACACAACACAUCUUUAAAGCAUGACCACAUUAUUCGCUUGAUUCUGUGAGAGUACACCCUUAUAUUCUUACUCAGACUAUCAGCUUCGAUGGGGUGGGGUAUGGAAGCCACUAUUUGUUGAAUACCUGCCAACCAAGAGGUAGCGAAUUUUCCUUCGCAAGACAUUGCAUAAACUUUUUCUUCAAAAUUUCACCCGUAUUAACUUUUAUGCAUUUCUCUAAAAUUCAGUGCCGAAUACCAUUGUUCAUUAGAUUUCAUGCUCAUUCUACUAAUGUUAGGUACUUUUGAUCCAACUGAGCUUAUCAAUGGAAUUCGUCAGCUGUACAAGACGCGCGAGGGAUGGCUCUCACCGUUUCCAUGGUGUGAAGAGUUUCAGUUUUUUCUUGGCAAUAUUUUCACAAGGCUCAAAGUGGUUAGAAGAAAGAAAACGAGAGGAGAAAUCACUGACGUAUUUGUUGACAUGUCAUCAAUACUAGACCCGUAUGAAGAGUGUUCAGCGCCGAGAACAGUGUUGAUUGAAGGAGAACCUGGUAUGGGAAAAACAACCUAUUGUAAAAAGUACGUCUACGACUGGGCCACAAGAAAGCAAGAACCUCGGGGCCGCUGCUCGACAGCAUUCAAAGCGGUAUUGUUUCUGAAAUGUCGAGACAUCCAUUCUGAUAUUUGGGAAGCCAUUGAUGAUCAGCUUCUGCCACGAGACAUCGAUGAAGAAGUCAAACAACAAUUCUUUCAGUUUAUUCGUGAAAAUCAGUCCAGUAUUUUAUUGAUAUUGGAUGGAUUGGAUGAGUUACCAUCCAGCAGGUUGUCGAUUUUUUCUGAAUUAAUUGAAGGAAGAGAACUCUCCGGAUGCAAUAUAGUUGCAACAGCAAGACACGAAGCUGGAAAAGUGGUGAGAAAAUGCUGUGACACGCUGCUUCAGAUCGAAGGAUUCACUGAAGACCAUGUGAAAGGAUUUGUCACCAAUUACUUUAAAGAAAGGCCGGAUUUAGCCACCAAGCUCUCGGUACGGAUGAUGCGAGAUAAAAACCUAAGAGAAAUGGCGACCAAUCCCCUAAAUGCAGCACUUCUCUGCCUUUUAUGCGAAGAGUUUGAGGGCAUACUCCCCGAAAACAGAGCUCAACUGUACUUGGAUAUGGUUGAUUGUGUCUUGAGAAGAUAUAGAAAAAAGAAGGGACUUUUAGAAACAGAACACCCGACAAACCUUUAUAAACCGCAAUUGAAUCGCCUUGGGUCGAUAGCAUUGAAUGGUUUACUUAGCGACAAAUUGGAUUUUAAUGAAAGUGAAUUGGGAAACCAUGCAAAAGACUUGACUGAAUUUGGAUUUCUGUCAGUGGAGCCUGGUGGCAGCAAAUUGAGACAAAAACUGCAUUAUGCUUUCUUACAUAAAAGUUUUCAAGAAUUCUUUGCAGCAUUCUUCAUUUGUUCUCAGAUUCAAAGCAAGAAAAUUAAACCUAAAGAACUAGUUUCCGAUCCACGGUGUUUGGCUAAUCUUAAACAGGUACUUUUGUUUUCAUGUGGAAUUUUGGCCAUGAAAUGCGAUGAGAAAGUUGUGGCUCUUGUAAAGAGUUUAACAAAUGAAGUCAACAAAAAUGAAGGCCGUGGUACAAAAGUUGUAUUGGAGGCCAUUAACGAAUGUAAAAGACAAAAUAGUGAUUUUCACUCACAGUUAGCAAAGUCUUUUGGAACUGGUUUGAAUCUGACCAAUUUGGAUUUGUGUAACAGUGGUAUCAGUGAUGCCAGUGCUACAUCUUUAGCUGAGGCCAUCAAAGUCAACAAGACUCUAACCAGUUUGAAUUUGUAUGACAAUGAUGUUAUUGAUGCCGGAGCUACAUCUAUUGCUGAGGCAAUUAAAGUCAACAAGACACUAACCAAUUUAAAUUUGUCUCACAAUCAUAUUGGUGAUGUUGGUGCUACAUCUAUUGCUGAGGCCAUCAAAGUCAACGGGACGCUAACCAAUUUGAAUUUGUGUGACGGUGAUGUAAGUAAUGCUGGUGCUACAUCUAUAGCUAAGGCCAUCACAGUCAACAAGACUGUUAUAAAUUUGGAUUUGUCUCUUAAUUGUAUUAGUGAUGCCGGUGCUACAUCUAUUGCUGAGGCAAUCAGAGUCAACAAGACUCUAACCAAUUUAAAUUUACAUUACAAUGGUAUCAGUUACGCCGGUGCUACAUCUAUUGCUGAAGCAAUCAAAGUCAACAAAACACUAACCAAUUUGGAUUUGUCUUACAAUGAUAUUAGUGAAGCAGGUGCUACAUUUAUUGCUGAGGCAGUCAAAGUCAACAAGACGCUAACCAGUUUGGAUUUGGCUGACAAUGAUAUUAGUGAUUCCAGUGCUGCAUCUUUUUCCGAGGCAAUCAAAGUCAACAAGACGCUAACCAAUUUGAAUUUGUCUUUCAAUGGUAUUAGUGAUGCCGGUGCUACAUCUACUGCUGAGGCAAUCAGGGUCAACAAGAUGCUAACCAAUUUGAAUUUGUCUGGCAAUGGUAUUAGUGAUGCCGGUGCUACAUCUAUUGCUGAGGCAAUCAAAGUCAACAAGACGCUAACCAAUUUGAAUUUGUCUGUCAAUGGUAUUAGUGAUGUCGGCGCCAGAUCUUUUGCAGAGGCAAUCAAAGUCAACAAGACGCUAACCAAUUUGAAUUUUUCUGACAUAGAUAUUACUUAUGCCGGUGCUACAUCUAUUGCUGAGGCAAUCAAAGGCAACGAGACGCUAACCAAUUUGGAUUUGUCUGGCAUAGAUAUAAGUGAUGCUGGUGCUACAUCUAUUGCUGAGGCAAUCAAAGUCAACAAGACGCUAACCAAUUUGGAUUUUUCGGACAAUAAUAUUAGUGAUGCUGGUGCUACAUCUAUUGCUGAGGCAAUCAAAGUCAACAAGACGCUAAUAAAUGCGAAUUUGUCUCGCAAUGGUAUUAGUGAUUUAGGUGCUACAUUUAUUGCUGAGGCAAUCAUAGUCAACAAAACGCUAACCAAUUUGAAUUUGUCUUACAAUCUUAUUCGUGAUGCCGGUGCCAGAUCUAUUGCUGAGGCAAUCAAAGUCAACAACACGCUAACCAAUUUGAAUUUGUCUUACAAUCGUAUUAGUGAUGCCAAUCUAUUCCUUAGGCAAUCAAAGUCAACGAGACUCUGA